UGGAGUAUAUAAAUAGGCUUAACCCUGUUUAAAAUUUGGGAAUCAAAUACACCGCGCCCAAUUGAAUUGAAAUUAAAUCACAACAAGCUUAACUAUGGUGUCUUCCGAUACUCAGCUUGCUCUUCAGUCAGACGUUGAAUCCCCGCUCUCAACUCUCCUCUAUGACCUCUCACAACAGGUACAGGGAGUGAUGGAGAGCAUGCUUAAGAUGACAAAUGAAAUUGAUCAACACUCUGCUGGCAUCAUGGAAGAAAUAGAAAGGUGCAAAGACACUGUAUGUGAGAGAAAGAAAGCUUUAGAUGAAGAAAAGGACCGUUUUCAGAAAGCUGCUUACACAGUUCUAGACUUGCUAAAUAACAGGCUCAUCAGCUAAAAGUAGCUUUGUUCUGUUCGAGGAAACUUCUUCAUCCCGUUUUGCAGGAGAUACAUAGUUGUACAAAAAGUUUACUGUUUACCCUCAGCUAUUAAAUAUUUUAGUGCUACUAUAGAAGCUGUAUAGAGUUUCUGGAAUCUAGACAUAAACUUCAUUUUCUCGCUUGAUACCUUGUCUGUAUGUGAUGGCCUGCUAAUGGUUUAGACAGUAGUAUAUUAUCGAAAUAUUUGUAUGGACCGUAUACUGUGCUACAGUUUGUGGAAUAUCCUGUGUAAACCCUGAAUAUCUAGAAUUUUAUGUAAAAUGCCUGAGUUGAAUGCAGUAAUCCUUUAAUAAACAUGUACCUGGAGUGCAUACCAUAAA